AAAAAGCAUUGACACACUGCAGGGUUAGCAGAGUUAUUGGCUGAAUUCUAAACUGUACAAAAAAAAACGAAAGCGACAUUACCGACGAGUGUCUUGGAACUAACAGCUUUCUGUCUUAACCGAGUUUUACUUUAGUUAUUUUCACUCAAAUAGAGUGAAGGAAGGGUUGCAGUGCUGAUGGGUUUUUAAUUCUUGAAACUGCUGAUUGUGAUAUUAAUCGCACUAUGAUUUAAUUACGUUUUAGUCUUCUCUGGCAGAUAGUUCGCCGAAUAUCGGAACCAGAACACAGCUUUUAUUUGCUCCUCCAGGAACUUAUUUUCAUUCCUUACGCGAUCACCAUGGACUCCAGCAGUCCAGUUACAACCUUGCUGUUAGCUUUGCUAAGUAUCCUGCUUGUUAUGUGGUUUCUGAAAAGCAAACGGCCCCAGUACGGCAGACUUCCUCCAGCACCUCCUGCACUCCCGAUUGUCGGCAACUUGUUCCAAAUGGACAUAAAAGCUCCUCACAAAUCUCUCAUCAAGCUGAGCAAGCAGUAUGGUCCAGUAUUCACUCUCUGGUUUGGUGGCACUCCUGUAGUGGUGUUGUGUGGCUUUGAGACUCUGAAAGAAGGUUUGAUUGAGAGAGGGUAUGAUUUCAGCGGCAGGUAUCUUUUACCGAUCCUCAAAAAAAUUUCAGAUGGCUACGGGAUUGCCUUCAGUAAUGGUGAGAGAUGGAAACAACUUCGGAGAUUUUCUCUCAGCACCUUGAAGAAUUUUGGACUGGGAAAAAGAAGUAUUGAAGAGCGGAUUCAAGAAGAAGCACAGUGCCUGGUUACAGCUAUCAGGAACAAACAAGAGCUCCCAUUUAACCCAGAUUUUCUGCUGAGAUGCACAGUGUCAAAUAUCAUCUGUUCCAUUGUCUUUGGAGAACGGUUUGAAUAUGAAGAUGAAAGGUUUCUAACAUUGAUGGAAAGAACUGACGGAAUUAGCAAUGCUCUCAGCAAACCCGGAGUGCAGAUGUACAAUAAUUUCCCAAAGAUCAUGGAUUUCCUGCCUGGGUCUCAUCACAAGAUACUCCAAAACAUGGCUGACUUGAAAACCUUUGUGAAUCAAAUGAUCCAAAGCCACAGAGAAAGUUUACAGAAAGAUUUCCCCAGGGAUUAUAUCGACAGUUUCCUUAUUAAGAUGGAUGAGGAAAAACACAAACCUGACUCAGAAUUCAUUGAUGAGAAUUUAUUGAUGUCAGUGAUAAAUUUAUUUCUGGCUGGAACUGAAUCAACCAGCACAACGCUGCAAUGGGCUAUUCAGAUUCUGGUGAAGUUUCCAGAUAUUCAAGAGAAAAUCUAUCAAGAGAUUUGUGAGGUGAUUGGAUCCUAUCGAAGACCUGGUAUUGAAGAUCGAGCAAAAAUGCCUUACACAGAUGCUGUCAUUCAUGAGGUUCAGCGAUACAUCGACCUUGUUCCUAUGAAUAUUCCACAUAUGGCGACAAAAGAUGUAGAAUUCAGAGGAUACCUGAUUCCUAAGGGCACUUUUGUGAUUACUGUCCUUUCCUCCGCUCUGAAAGCCACCAGCCAGUGGGAGACUCCAGACUCCUUUAAUCCAAAUCACUUCCUUGAUGAAAAUGGAUGCUUCAAACAAAGUGAAAGUUUUAUGGCAUUCUCUGCAGGAAAGAGAAUGUGUCUAGGAGCAUCCUUGGCUCGGAUGGAGCUCUUUCUUUUUUUGACCACUCUGUUGCAGAACUUUGUCUUCAACUCUAUUACUGAUCACAAGGAUAUUGACAUAUCACCAGCUACUAGUGGGAUCCUGGUUAAACCCCAUGUGUACAAAUUCUGUGCCAUUUCUCGUUAAAUAAACUAGGAUCUUGAUAAAUCAUUUUAACAGAUGACACCAGGAAAAGAUGAUUCACAAACCUAAUUUUAGAAUCACAAGAGCAGUAUAUUUUGUGUUAAUGAAUAUUUUUGAGUGCCAAAGAUCAGUACCUUGUAAUGGUGAAUAUUGUUUUUAAG